AUGGACUCUUAACCAAAAAAGAAAAAGUCUGUUUCUUCUAAAUAAGACAAAUCAUAAGCAGGUAGUGUGAAAUCUAAAAAGUAAUAACCACCUGGUGAAAUAUUAGAAUAAUAAAGUAUUCCAAAUUUCAAAAUAGUUAGAUUCAUAACAUGAUAUUCAAAUAGAUGAUCAUCCCUAAUAACAUGAUCCCUUUAUUCCAUCUCCUCCUUAACAAUAAAUUAAAGUCUGCAUUCAUCACAAUCUCCCAUUUCAGUUUUUCUGUGAAGCUUGUGAAGAUCCUAUUUGUUAACAAUGUACAAUCUUAGGUCCUCAUAAUACUUAAUUACAUAGAAUCAAUAGAUUAAGUGAUUCUUUCAAAUUACGUUGUGCUAAAAUUGAAGAAUCUAUCAAAGCAAAUCUACUUGGAAAAAGAGAAUAACUGUUAGCAUAAAUUCAUAGAGUAAAUUAAAAAAAAAUCAUUUUUAGAUAGAAUAUAGAAUUGAAGAAAUUAAAUAUGUCAAAACAAUUAUAGAAAGAGAUGCUAGAGCAGAAUUUGGUGGAGUUUUAGAAAGAUUAAAAUAAAGUGAAGGAUAAAAAUUAGCAAUAUUAAGUCAUGAAAUAUCUGAAUUAUAAAGGUAAUAUUCUAUUAUUAUUUCUAGAGAUUUAGAUAAAAUUAAUGAAGUAGGAUCAUCAUUUUAUGAUCUUAAAGAAAUUCCUGAUCCUUGUCCUUUUUUACUUAAAUCAAGGAAUAUUUAUGAUUAAAUUGAAUAUAUGGUUGCUAAACCAUUUAAAGUUUAAAUUGAUGUCUAUCCAUAUGAUUUACCAAGAGAACUUACUGAAUUAAGAUUAUAAUUAUAAAAAGCAUCUGCUUAAUAAUAAUUGAUUGAAUUCAAAAAUGAAAUUAUUUGGAAAUUAUUAAGUGAAAAAUAAAUGGAUGAAGAAACUAUCAAGUAAAUAUAUUCAUAUAUAUUAAAUAAUAGAUAAGAAUUAGAAAGAUAAGCUAGUGAAGAAAUAAAUGAAUGGAGUAAAUUGGUUGAUAAAUUUUCAUAAGAAUUAAAAAAAUAAUAAUUAGUUUGUUAUUAUUGUGGAUGUAAAAUGGAAAAAUAAUAUGUUAAUUCAAUUUGUACUUAAAAUAGAUAAGAAUAAGAUUGUAAAUAUAUUGUAUAUGUCUAUAGAUGAUAAAGUAUUUUGUAAUGAAUAACCACCAUAAAACCAUCAUGCUACUGGUAGACAUUAUUUUGCAGAUCCAAUCUUAUGA